ACACCCUCGCAAUCGAAGAGACGGAAGUUGCUGAAGAUUGAUCCUCCAAACCAGCAGUUUAAAAUUGUGGACGAACUGGUGGACACGAUUCUCUCCUCAUCGAGGCAGGGAAGGAAUAUCGAUGGAUAUGACGAGGUUUAUAGUGAUCCUAGCGUUAAGGAGGCUCUCCAAAAUGGAGACGACGUGCAAGCCAGGAAUAUCAUUAAGGAUAAACUCUGCAGCUUGGGUCUUAUGCAGUGUGAUUUUGAAGAUAUUGAAGGCAAGAGACCUUAUCUCCACCCGGAAGAUCUCAUUUAUGCACAACCUGUGGCAAUUCGGCCUGUUGGAAGACCCCAGCCGUCUGUGCAUUAUAAACCACGGCCUGGACCAAUUAGAGGACCUCCUCCUCCUCCUGGCGGUCCUUAUGGACCGGCUAAGCCCAUGCCACCACCAAGAAAAGUGGGAUAUGCCCCGGGAAAACCACCCGGAUACGGACCUUCCAGCAGACCAUACAUUACUGGUCCAGGCCCAAUCUACUCGAAUCCUCCUCCAGGCGCCACAUCACCUCAACUCAUUUAUUCCCAAAAGCCACCAGGACCAAUUUACGAAGGAGGAGACUCGUCUGGACCCUACGAAUUUGAGAGUCCUCUUCAUGGAGAGAAGAUCCACUAUGGCGGGGACAAGAUUCACUACGAACACAUUCAGGAUGGAUCACCUUUCGGCAAGGACAAGCCGUCUCUUUUGGUGAACCCUGGAGGUUCAGCCCACUCAGGCGAUGCAAGUGUUCAGCAACAUGUUCAUCAUCACUACCAUCACGCAGAUGGUGGAAUAGGGGAGAAGAUCACUGUUCCGGUGCCAGUUCCUGUCCCAGUUCCCAGUAGCAACACAAUCAUUGGGAAUGAAUUCUCUCAAUCGUCACACUUGGGCGCAUCCUCCUCCAACGGAUUCUCUCAAAUCAAUGGAGGCUUCUCCCCAUCUUACGGAGACAUUCGUCCAGUUAGUGAAAACCUUAAGAAUCCAGGACCUCAAACUUUUGGAUCUGCUUCAAACUCUGUUUAUGGGUCAUCUGCUACUUUCACUGGAAGUCAAUCAGGAGGCUUCCAGUCGCCUGAUUACUACAAAGGAGGGUUCAAUGGAGGAUUAAAUGGAGGACUUAAUGGAGGCCUCAAUGGAGGUCUCAAUGGAGGACUAAAUGGGGGAUUGAAUGGAGGACUUAAUUCUGGAAUACAAGGAGCCUAUUCACAGUCCCAACAAUACCUUUCCCAAGCAGGACAGUAUCAGGGUUACCAGGGAUACAAUACAGCUCGUCAAGAGAACUUCGACUGUGUUUGCGUACCAUUCGAUCAGUGUCCGGCUCAUGAAGUUGUAGGACGAAGGGAUGAUCUCAUCCUACCCUUAGAUCCUCGGAAUCUAGCUUCCGACAUCGAAGCUCUGAGCGACGAAGCUGUCAUCACAGAUGGGAAUGGCACAAUGACCGUCGUUAGGGUCCCGAAAAAAGCUGAGGACAUUAAGGAAGAGGACACAACAACAACUCAAGAAGAAGCAGUCACAGAGGAACCCAAGAAGAUCAGCAAACGCGACGUGUCGGAAAAGAAGGCUGAAGGAGACAGCAAAGCCAAUAUUGAACCGCGUCUUUUGGGUUUCAACGGCGCCAAUGGGCUGAAGAAGAAGGUGGAACCGACCUUCGGCGUCUCCUUUGGCCUACCCUAUCCAACCCAUGGCUACCCACUGAACCCCUACGGGCCCUAUCCAGCGCCCAAUCCCUACUUUGGCUCCAUCAGUCCCAACGGCCUCAACCUGGGUUUGGUCAACGUCAAUCCGCUCGUGUCCCUGCAAGUCACCAAGGAUGAGUACGGCGAGAAGGUGCUCAAGCCCCUGGUCAAUGUGCACGUGACCCCAAAUGAGAACAUCCUACACAAAGUGGGCCAUUUCUUCAACGCCAAGAAGCACGGCAUCAAGCAGGCAAUCCACUCCCAACACUACCACCAUCACACGCACUACCCCGGCCCACAUGAGAUCCAUCACCCUCACCACCACUACGAUUCUGGCCCCUACUAUGACUCUCCGCCGCCCAACUUCCGGCCCUCGUACCCCUCCUACCACGGACCAACCGGCGGAUAUGGAUUCCCGUCCGGGCCGUCCGGACCCGGCUACUUCCGCGAUUCUGGACCCGAUCUCGACUACAAUCCCUUCCUCUUCGAUGGUCGCAGCGCGAACGUGAGCUCUCAGUACAACUAUCAAAAUAUAUACCCUCAGAAUCAAAACAACUUCCUGUCCCCCGACACGAGGGAAUAUCGCGAUGCAGGCUAUGCCAAUAACUACAACUACCAGACCCCUACACAUCCCAUUCCCGCUCAAGCUCCCGGCGCCGCUAGAGGAUCCAAGAACGUUGCCUUCCCCACAAGCCGAAGAAGGCGAUCGACUGAUGAGAAAGAAACAGAAGAGAGGUCCAUUAACACGGAAAAGCGACAAGCCUUCUAUCGACCACCCCAGCAGCAACUGUUGCAGCAGUGUGGGCCGAGGAGUGUGUGCUGCAGGAGACCCGCAAGGCCUCAGGCUCCUGCCAGAGGUCCCCUUGGUCAGUGCGGCGCGAGAAACGCCCAGGGCGUCAAUGGACGUAUCAAGAAUCCUGUUUACGUGGACGGAGACAGUGAGUUUGGUGAAUAUCCUUGGCAAGUUGCGAUCUUGAAGAAGGACCCUAAGGAGUCUGUGUACGUUUGCGGAGGAACCCUAAUUGAUCAUCAACAUAUUCUUACGGCGGCGCAUUGCGUUAAAACAUACAAUGGCUUCGACUUGAGAGUCCGCCUUGGCGAGUGGGAUGUGAAUCACGACGUGGAAUUCUAUCCUUACAUCGAGCGCGACAUAAUCGCAGUACAAGUGCAUCCCGAAUACUACGCUGGUACUUUGGACAAUGAUAUCGCCGUUCUGAGGAUGAACGUUCCCGUUGAUUUCUCCCAGUCGCCACACAUCUCGCCGGCCUGUCUGCCGGACAGGUUCUCGGACUUCACUGGGAAUCGAUGCUGGACCACGGGAUGGGGCAAGGACGCAUUUGGGGAGUUUGGAAAGUACCAGAACAUCCUUAAGGAAGUGGAUGUGCCUGUGAUCAACGAGUUGCAGUGCCAGCAGCAGCUGAGGAAUACACGCCUCGGGUACAACUACAGACUGCAUCCGGGAUUCAUGUGCGCCGGCGGCGAGGAGGGAAAGGACGCCUGCAAGGGCGAUGGAGGCGGUCCGCUGGUGUGCGAGAGGGGAGGAUCGUGGCAACUGGCCGGAAUAGUGUCCUGGGGCAUUGGCUGCGGGCAAGUGAACGUGCCCGGAGUAUACGUGAAGGUGUCCUACUAUCUGGACUGGAUCAACCAAGUGACCAGAAGGUUCUGA